CUUCCCCGUAAUCUAGCAGCUGGGUGACAUUGAAGGAUGGCCAGGGUCAAGAUUAUCCCCGAGUCUCGAUCCAACUCCAGUCCAUCGCCCAGAUACGGCGCGCCCAAUCAUCAUCGCCGCGAUCUCCAUACAACCUGCAGCCAGCCAUAUGCAUCCACUUGCAUAAUCCGUGGCGGAGACCCCAUUGCGCAUCAAUUUUGCGAUAUCGUCGAUGCCUAGUUAUAUUCUACCCAGUGCCCAGAUCAACUCCAGCAAGCCAAGGCCAUUGUGCACCCGAGGGGUUUUGACACAAACAAAACACUAUUUAAUUGUUUCCUGUGUGCGAGGAGAAUCUAGCGGAAUCAGGUACUAGCCAGUGGGUCCCGGAAAAGGGAAGAGUCUUGUGGUGAAUGCGGCAAGAAAUGUCGUUUCUUUGUUCUGAGCUUCCGGUCAAGCUCCUUCAACCCGAAUCGUGGUUGCUGCCAAAAUGUUCAUAUUCAACCUGUUUUGGUGGUUGUUUGGCCUUCACCGUCUUUUCUCGACCCCCCCAAGAUAGAUGUAUUGUUGCUCAUCAUGCCACCAAAAGAGGACACUCGCAACGCUAAUAAUAGUCCCGAUGAUGAUAAUGGCCAAGCCACGGUUGACCCUAGAGGUCUAGCGCCAGCAUGGGCAGCAAACAGGACGGAUCUGAUUGAAAGUCUUCCUUUCUUUAGGCAAGCGCAACAGGGGAUCUAUCAACAUAAUAGGAUAAUACGUGGGGUAUUGCUUGAUGGCCGCGAGGGGGAACACAGCUACUUUGACGACGAUAUCGUCAUCAUAAAACUCGAUGCCGGCGGUGACAUUACCAAUUCUGGCUACAUGCGACACUCCACAUCCAGGCUGGAGGCGGCACAAAGAGCCAAAGAUGAGCAGAGUCCUGUUGGGCUGAUUCUUGGAUCCAAUUCCGACAAUCUACACCUCCGAAUAGCACCCGCCAAGCCAUGCAGAUACGCGGUGCUCGGAGAAUAUGUUCUAACCGAUCUCUGGCAUGAGUAUCAAGAAGGUGGAGAUGCCACAGUGACGAUGGCCCGGUACCAGAGACGGCAGUUCCUUCAACCACCGUGGUGGAAGGCCAACAAUAUCGCCUCGGCUCGCUAUCGAGAUCAAAAGCAACGUCAGGUGCAAAUUAUCAGCGACCGAAAACCCACACGCAGCAGAGUUUGCGAAGAAUGUGGACAACCAUCACCGAAAAGAUACAAAGUCUGGGUGUGCGCCAACCCACGAUGUGAGAAAUUCUCAACGGCAGAAAACGGGGAGGUCUUGUCCGAGGAUGUUUUAUUCUCCACGCAUUGGCUGCUUGAGAGGGUAGCAUCAACCGGCGAGGCAGGCCUUGACUUUGGAUCCAACCGACUCAGACGCCCAACACAGCCGACUGACAUGCGAAAGGGGUCAGUCUGCCCUAAAUGCGGGAAAUGUGUUUCGCGAUUCCACUGGGCGUCGUGGGUCUGUGAAGGACCAUACGGGUGCGGUCACGCCGUCUCUCUGACUGUCGAUAUACCAGAACUCCAAAACCUCUUGAAAGAACGAUCAAGAGGUUUCACUCAAGCCAGACAUCCAUUUCACAGCCUCCACGAUCCCCGAAAUCUUGAGCGGGAAUUCAUCAGCCACGGGAUUACUUUCAUUAAGUUUAAGCAUGAAAUGCCCGGUGGAAGCGUGAUCAAGCUCCUCAAGUCCCGACCCCCCCGUACAGCUACCCCAGGCACGAUAUUCGACGAUCUAUUCAACAGUAUCAUCUGGGAGGCCAAUCACGGAAGCCGCCUUGAUCUCCAGCGUCAUACAGCGCCGAAUAGAUCCACAGGCACCAGGAUCAACAGAUACGAGAUCAGCUUUGGAGAGAAAGGGGACCCGAGUGCAUUUUAUCCGGUGGUGCCUUUGGAAAAUGCACCCGCAUCUGUUCAAACGGUGCUUGAAAUACUCACAGAGCUGUUGGAGGAGGAUAUACAGGAUACGACGGUGAAGCGUACAGAAAAGACCCAGGACCCCUGGUUGUUGACAGUCACCGCGUACGUGGGCGGUGAACAAAAAGAAUAUUUCAAGCCUGCUGGAUAUAACAGAGCCGGAGACGUGACGGCAACCCUGUGCUUGGGAAGCCCGGUGAGAAUGAGAUGGCGAUACAGCCCUGAUUACUGGAACCACACUCAGGCAGGACGGGUGCUAGAUGGCUCCCCGUUACCAGAGACGAAGCACUUCGAGGCUCUACAGCAACUCAAGGGAAGAAAAAUGUCGCGCGGUGAAUACGAAAAGCAGAGACAGGAGAUACUGGACAGUUCUGAUGGUCAAUCACGGCCUCGCAAUGAGAUCCCGACAUAUUUGACUGCUGAUUUGACGCAUGGUGAUAUCUUGAUCACAGAGGGUGAUGCGAUAGGGUCGCGCUUUGACUCGGCGGUGGAGCCACAGGGACUUUUACACAUUCGACUGACAACGUUCAGGGUACAAGAUGGCGAUGAUGACGGAAGAGGAAGAGGAAACAGCGCGGCGAGACGGAGCACCUCUCGAAGUCGCUCAAGGGGAGGCAUUUCCACACGAGCCACAGAGGCUCAGAGGGUGUCUUCUAGAACGAGAGGAACGCCGGAAAUAACAUCAAAACGGAUUACAAGGGGUCCCUCCAAAGCACGGAGAGGCUCUUCCGAAAACCGACAAGAAGAAAGCGCAGUGGAAGCAGAGAGCUCAACGCCAUCCGUACCAAGACGUCGAGGCAGAAAAGCUGGUUCUCGCCAGAAGAAUCAGAAAAGAAAGAGCACGUCACCAGAUCCCUCCAAAACGCCCAAUUUGAAAACAAGGAGAGCGGCAAAAGAAGCAAGGGAUAGGACAAAAGCUCAAUCGGGACACUCGGAAUCAGUGUCCUCUUCGAAUGUGUCCAUAGCGUCUUCCUCCGAUGGCGAAGACCAAAUACCCAAAAGGCAAAAGACACAAGCUACGCUUACUACAAAGACCAUGAGUGCCCCAACGGGGCCUAAGCUUAGGUCGAUUCUCAGAACUGCCGCCAGUAUGAAACCGAAGACAACCUCGAAAACAUCGAGGUCAGACUCCCCCGACAUACUCGCGACUUUUCAACCAGCUAGUACUGCCGCCACGACCUCAAAACUGCGGUCAAACUCACCCGACAUACUCACUACCUCACACCAACCAUCUCACACUGCCUCUGGACACAUUCCAACUCUUUCACGGAGAAGAUUCAUAUAUCAAACCCCUAAAAAGCCACAAACCCGUCCACUAAACGCGAGAGAAAUAGAAUAUGUCGAAACAAUCUUGCACACAGAUCCCGUGCCAACCAACUUGAAUUCCACGACCAAGGUUCCGGACAAGAUUAACCCACCUGGUCUUGAGGGAAGGUCUGUACCGCCGUUGCCUGUACCGCUCAGGCGCAACCCUCGGCCUGUGAUACCAUCAUCAAUACUGAAGCCUAGGUGCGGAAGUGCUGCUCCUGUCGUUGGCUCAAAGUCACCUGAGACACGCACAGCACAGCACUUACCUUGGGAAAUCGACACACUAGGGGUUCCUGUUCCUCCCACGCUGCUGUCAAACCCAAUACAGGAUCAAGAGCGUACGGGUGGCACUGGAAAGCCCAAGGCAAAUCAUCUCGCACCCACAAGUCCAAACACCCACGAGUCUCCCGCCUCUUCAAAUCCCCAAGUCAAGACGCCCCUCCUUCCCAGCCCACCGCCUCUCAAAACUACCAUCGAGAAAAACAGCCUCGUCAGCCCCCCAAUCAGCAGCUCCCCCACACGACAUCUUCCGGCCACCGCUCGAAGGACAAGCACCACCAUCCCACCCGCCAGCCCAACCCUCAACCGCCAGCGUUCCCUACAACUGCAAGACCCAAACCUCAAAGUCAUCACCAUCUCGCCCUCUCCAUCCCCCUCCCCAGCCCCAGAGCCUCAACCUUCAGCCCAAAACCAUGACCGAAACAGCUCCUCCAGCUCAUCCUCAUCCUCAUCCUCAUCCGAAGACGAAGACGACAACGGCGCCUCGUACAAACUACCGGCCCCGGACAGGACGCGGUCGAGGUCGAGGUCGCUGUGGGGGAGAUUGUGGGGGUCGUGAGGUUUCUGCUUGGAAAUGGGGGCCGAUUGAGGGCGGGGAACAAGUUGGGAUUUUGUGUAGGAGAGAUGCUAGAAUGGACCAGCACGGUCCACGCUUCACCUCCAUACAUGCCCCUAUAGGCAUGUUUGAAAAGUUUUGCUGGGGUCGGUGCUGGCCUCACAAAUGUUCAGCAGGGUGGCAAUGCUGGAUCCCCAAAGAUGUUGUCAUUUAUCAACAGGGUGGUUGGCGUGCACGCCCAAGGGAAAGUUGAAGAUAUAAGCAGGAACACGUGGUUGUUGUUGUAUGGUCAUAAAGGGCAACGUCUGAGCUAUAACCGAGAUACUUUAUAUUUAAUCUUGUCCUCCCAUCUCCACACAUUUACUGUAUUACAGCCUUACAGAAGUCUCCCUUUUCCCCAGAGGCGACACACACAGAAUUCAGAGGCC